CGCCUCCCACGCAGCCCGGCGCUCGGCCGCCAUGUACCCGGCCGGGGGAGCCGCCCCCGGGGCCGCCGCGGGACCCGUUCUUACAACACCUCCAUCACUGCCACCUCCAAUGCAGGCAUAUGCAUUUAAACCUCCCCCUCGACCAGAUUUUGGUACUUCGGGAAGAACAAUCAAACUGCAAGCCAAUUUCUUUGAAAUGGACAUCCCCAAAAUGGACAUCUAUCAUUACGAAUUGGAUAUAAAGCCUGAGAAAUGUCCUAGAAGAGUUAACAGAGAAAUAGUUGAGCACAUGGUGCAGCACUUUAAAGCCCAGAUCUUUGGAGAUCGCAAGCCAGUAUUUGACGGGAGAAAAAAUCUCUACACCGCAAUGCCGCUUCCAAUAGGGAGAGAUAAAGUGGAAUUGGAGGUCACGUUGCCAGGAGAAGGGAAGGACCGAAUAUUCAAGGUAGCCAUCAAGUGGAUGUCGGUUGUGAGUCUUCAGGCAUUGCACGACGCUCUCUCCGGUCGUCUUCCAAGUGUUCCUUUCGAAACCAUUCAAGCUCUUGACGUGGUGAUGAGGCACCUGCCCUCCAUGAGAUAUACUCCAGUGGGCCGAUCUUUUUUUACUGCAUCCGAAGGAUGUUCGAAUCCUCUGGGAGGUGGCAGAGAAGUCUGGUUUGGAUUCCAUCAGUCAGUCAGGCCUUCCCUGUGGAAAAUGAUGCUGAACAUUGAUGUCUCUGCAACAGCAUUUUAUAAGGCCCAGCCAGUGAUUGAAUUUGUAUGUGAAGUUCUUGAUUUCAAAAGUAUUGAAGAACAACAGAAACCUCUGACAGAUUCCCAAAGGGUUAAGUUUACCAAAGAAAUUAAAGGUCUUAAGGUGGAAAUCACUCACUGUGGACAAAUGAAAAGAAAAUACCGAGUAUGCAACGUUACGAGAAGACCAGCAAGUCACCAAACAUUUCCUCUUCAGCAGGAGAGUGGCCAGACUGUUGAAUGCACUGUAGCUCAAUAUUUUAAGGACAGGCACAAAUUGGUAUUACGCUAUCCUCACCUUCCAUGUUUACAAGUUGGACAGGAGCAGAAACAUACGUACCUUCCCUUAGAGGUAUGCAAUAUAGUUGCAGGACAGAGAUGUAUUAAGAAGCUGACAGACAAUCAAACUUCUACUAUGAUUAGAGCCACGGCGAGAUCAGCCCCAGAUCGUCAGGAAGAGAUCAGCAAAUUGAUGCGAAGUGCAAGUUUUAAUACCGACCCUUUCGUUCGUGAGUUUGGCAUCAUGGUGAAAGAUGAAAUGACGGAUGUCACUGGGAGAGUGUUACAGCCACCUUCAAUUCUCUACGGAGGCCGGAACAAAGCAAUUGCUACCCCAGUGCAGGGGGUCUGGGAUAUGAGGAACAAACAGUUUCAUACUGGAAUUGAAAUCAAGGUCUGGGCCAUUGCGUGUUUCGCUCCCCAACGCCAGUGCACUGAAGUCCAUCUUAAAACCUUCACGGAACAACUGAGGAAAAUAUCCAGAGAUGCAGGAAUGCCCAUCCAAGGUCAACCAUGCUUCUGUAAAUAUGCCCAGGGAGCAGACAGCGUGGAACCCAUGUUCCGUCACCUGAAGAACACCUAUUCUGGUCUGCAGCUUGUGGUUGUCAUUCUACCCGGGAAAACUCCUGUUUAUGCCGAAGUGAAGCGUGUCGGUGACACCGUGUUGGGAAUGGCCACGCAGUGUGUGCAGAUGAAAAAUGUGCAGAGGACUACCCCCCAGACCCUUUCCAACCUAUGCUUAAAGAUCAAUGUCAAACUAGGAGGAGUUAAUAACAUUUUAUUGCCACAAGGAAGGCCUCCAGUAUUUCAGCAGCCUGUUAUUUUCCUUGGUGCAGACGUCACUCAUCCACCAGCUGGAGAUGGGAAAAAGCCAUCUAUUGCUGCUGUUGUAGGCAGCAUGGAUGCCCAUCCGAACCGCUACUGUGCCACUGUGAGGGUCCAGCAGCACCGCCAAGAAAUAAUUCAAGACUUGGCUGCCAUGGUUAGGGAGCUGCUGAUCCAGUUUUACAAAUCAACUCGAUUCAAGCCAACGCGGAUCAUUUUCUAUCGAGACGGUGUUUCCGAGGGGCAGUUUCAACAGGUUCUUCAUCAUGAAUUGCUGGCUAUCCGAGAAGCCUGCAUUAAACUAGAAAAAGAUUACCAGCCAGGGAUUACCUUCAUUGUGGUGCAGAAGAGGCAUCACACCAGGCUGUUUUGCACCGACAAAAAUGAAAGAGUUGGGAAAAGUGGAAACAUUCCAGCAGGUACCACUGUGGACACAAAAAUCACCCACCCUUCGGAGUUUGACUUCUACCUGUGUAGUCAUGCUGGUAUUCAGGGCACAAGCAGACCGUCUCAUUACCAUGUUCUCUGGGAUGACAAUCGCUUCUCUUCAGACGAACUCCAGAUCCUCACUUACCAACUGUGUCAUACCUACGUCCGGUGUACUCGAUCUGUUUCUAUCCCUGCGCCAGCCUACUAUGCACACCUGGUGGCCUUCAGAGCCAGGUAUCAUUUGGUGGAUAAAGAGCAUGACAGCGCCGAAGGGAGCCACACUUCCGGGCAGAGCAACGGCCGCGAUCACCAAGCUCUCGCGAAAGCUGUCCAGGUCCACCAAGAUACUUUGCGCACCAUGUACUUUGCUUGACAUCUGGCCGUGUUGAGGAACUCAGUUCUGUGUUGGAUUCACAAGAGACCAGCUGCACUUAGACCAACAGUUGCCCGAGCUACCGCGACAGCCAGCAAAGGAGUGAUGCAUCUUUAUUUUUAAAUAUUUGAGGGGUGGGGAGGGGAGGAGGGGGCUGAUGAUGAUGAUGAUGAUUGUGAUUCUAUUUGCAAGAAAGCUUUUCAUCCAGAAUUUCAGACUUGAGCGUAGAAAAAAAAAAUUGCACAGCUUUUAAGACAUGUGGAUAUGCCAAAAUCAAAAAGCUGCUUGUCGGGAGAAAUGAAACAAACAAACAAACAAACAAAAAUUGAAAACCCACGUUUUCUAAUUAACUAGAGCUGUGAUCUCAGGGCUAAAAACAACACUUCUCAUUUUAGUUAUGACUUUUUCAGAUGCUCUUAUUUGUAAUAAUCUGAAGAAAUAUCCAAUUAAGAUCCGAUUGAACGGGCCUGGGAGGAAAAAAGAAAUGAAUUUGCUUUUAUUUCUUUAAAAAAAAAAAAGCACUAGUUUGGAUGCCAGUGAAGUCUUUGAUCAUUCUGGAUGCAUUUGUAAAGUGAUUUUGUACCGAGAUGCAAAAAGAGUGAGCGAAUCCUUUGCUGUCUUAUUGAUAAGUCUGUGAAGGUCUAUGGGCAAAAAAAAAAAAAAAAUAUGUAUUUUUGACGUUAGUUCUUGAAUGUCUUUCAUUGUGCUGUUUAAAAUUUUUUGUAGGAUGAGUUACGGAAUUAUUUCAGUUACAAAAAAGAAGUUUUAUCUAUACUUUUUAUUAGGUCCACUGAAAGAUUAAUGAAGUGUGCCACUUUUUUUAAAAAAAAAGUUUAUUUUUUCUUAAAAAAAAAAUAAUAAUAAUCCAUUUUGAUUACUAAUCAUGGAGUUUGUCCUCUAGGACUGUGACACUUAAUUUUCCAAAGCUUUUCUAAAGAAUACGGGUCUGUGGUGAUACAGUACAAUCUCUUUCACUGUUAUGUUUGAAUUAAUGUAAAAUUUAUAUGUGUUUCACAGUAUUAACAUGAUAGUAUAGAUGCUAUUUAUAUUUAUUUACUAAAGAGUGCUCAACAUAGUUCUGUUUAACAUAUCACAAAUUGAAGAAUGCUUUGGAGUUUUAAAGUGGAGAGCUUUUACGUGGACGAGAGGGAUUUGGGUCGAAUUCACCAACCGUAGCUUUUUUGCAGGUUCCCUUGUUCAUUUUAACGAGGUUUCUUUAUUAUAUCUCCUUGAAGUGAACAAAGGAGAACUGGACCUGAUGUGUUGUCCC